CUUCAGUCAGACUGACCCGAGGGAAACCGCGCGCGUCGUGAAAGAUCGUUGUCGGCAUUAAUCGAAUUUGGCGAGGCCUUAGAAAAUUCCGAACUGCCGCUGCCGGACGUCGUGAUCGGAGACGACGAUCGUUUCUCAUCGCCGCGUCUCUUGUGGUUGCCUAAUUCCGCUUUUUGUGCUUUUUUCGAGACACAGUACAAUAGGACGCUUUUCCGGCCGCUUUCGAAAUUAGUGUGUGAGUGUCGCCGAAAAAUAUAUUUUCCACGUGAAAUUAUUCGUGUGCGAUAUUGAGUAAUAUAUUUGGACAAAUAAUGAACGAGGAGCAAGCUCACGAUGCCAAGCAACAGAUCGCGACUAGUCCGGAAGACACGGAAGACAUACCGGCGGGUCAGCAGGGUCCUCAAGUUCCAAGGCGCAGAGGUGGCAUCUCCGCGGAGCCGGUCUCCGAGGAAGAUGCCACCAGCUAUGUCAAGAAGGUCGUGCCUAAGGACUACAAAACGAUGGCUGCCUUGAGCAAAGCAAUUACCAAGAACGUUCUUUUCGCUCAUUUGGACGAGAACGAACGCUCUGACAUAUUCGACGCCAUGUUCCCGGUCACGUUCUUGCCCGGAGAGGCAAUCAUUCGGCAGGGCGACGAGGGAGACAAUUUCUACGUGAUCGAUCAGGGGGAAGUUGAAAUUUUCGUGAACGGCGAGUUAGCCACCACUAUCGGGGAAGGAGGAAGUUUCGGCGAAUUGGCGUUGAUUUACGGGACUCCACGGGCGGCUACCGUUCGGGCGAAAACGGACGUCAAGUUGUGGGGUAUCGACAGAGAUUCCUAUCGUAGAAUCCUUAUGGGCUCGACGAUAAGAAAACGGAAGAUGUACGAGGAAUUUCUUUCCAGAGUGUCGAUCUUAGAAUCUUUGGACAAGUGGGAACGGCUGACGGUGGCCGAUGCUUUGGAACCGGUGGCAUUUGACGACGGCGAGACGAUAGUUCGACAGGGUGAACCGGGCGAGGAUUUUUAUAUAAUUGUAGAGGGUACCGCUGUAGUCCUUCAGCAACGUUCGGAGAACGAGGAACCAGCGGAAGUGGGUCGUUUGGGACCGUCUGAUUACUUUGGUGAGAUUGCACUGUUGUUAGAUAGGCCAAGGGCUGCGACGGUGGUGGCUCGAGGUCCUUUAAAAUGUGUUAAACUGGAUAGGGCAAGGUUCGAAAGAGUUCUAGGUCCUUGUGCGGAUAUCCUGAAACGCAACAUUACCCAGUAUAACAGUUUCGUGUCCUUGUCCGUAUAA